AGCAUUCUGGCCUGGUAAGUUGCCAGCGUCGGAUCGUAGUGAAGUGAAGGGCUCCUCUCGACGCAAGACUUUUUUUAAAUAGUAAAAAAAAAAAAAAGAACGGGCUAAUAUAUACCUAUACAUACUGUUAAACAUAUAUAUAUAUACAUUACACACACACACACACACACAUACAUACAUACUGAUAGAUUCCGUUAAACGGGACAGAGUUCGCAGAUCGAGGAAUACGAAGGAAUAAUAAUCGGUGGCGUAAGACCCAAGUUUCGAGGAAUAUUUUUAAAUUUCAUUUACCACGGCAAGGAUAAGUCUGCCGAAGAAGAAGAAGAACAAGAAGAAGAAGAAGAAGAAGAAAAAGAAGAUAUAUUGGGAUAAGGAAGAACGAGAAUUUAAUAAUCGUACGCAGCCGUUGGGAAUGUAGAAAAAAUUUUAAAGGAAGACGGCUGUAUCGAAACCAGUUGACAAAGAUCGUUGCGUUGAAAAAUAAGUUUUCUACACAGACGUUAUACAGUAACACAGCUACGCGCACGAUUAAUUGAAUCGAAUUAAUUAAUUAUAUAAUUAAAACUAACUUAAUGUUGAAGGAAAAACGAGAGAAGAAGAGAAGAUAAGAAGAGCCGCCACCCCAAAACUCAACCCGUCGAGGAUCUAUAUUAAUUAUACGCUUAUUUAUUCAAUACAAUCUUGGACGUUCCGAACCUAUUUAUUGCAUAACACGUAUAUACAUAUAUAUAUACAUAUAUAGAUACAUAUAUGUACCCAUACAUAAGUAAUAAUUAUUGUUGUCGAAACAAUAACGAUAUUUAAAACCAGACAACCGAGUUCUGCCGAGUGCUGGAAUAGGAAAAGGACAGAUCGUCGUUUUUCUUUAUCCACCUAUACAGUAAGAAAAUACGAGACUGAGAAUUGAAUGGAAUAAUCAACAAAGUGAGUAAUGUGUGUGCGAGUUAUGUGCAUAUAAAAUUAAGGAAUCGUCGUUUCGGCGUUCAUACCGUCAUCGCCGUCGUCGAAGUUGUCAACGUCACUGUUUCUCGUCGUGACAACAACAACGAUAAAAGUAAUAGUAAUAAUAAUAACAACAACCACAACACAGUAAUUGUAAUUAUUGUCAUUAACGUACAAGCGUCGUACGAUUAUUCGACAUUGAGGGAGGUGAAAACAGUGAGUCGAGAGUUUGAAAAGAAGAAAAAAGUCGCCGGUUUAUAAUAUAUAUUUAUUUAUAUUUUUCAUCCCUGGUUCUGUUCUGUAAAAUUUAAUUGUGUGCGGUGCGCGGUGUGUCUCUCCGUUGUACCUAUACGUAUAUGAUAUAAGAUCCCGUUUUGUGUUUCGUCGUUUUCAUCAUCAUCAUCAUCAUCAUCAUUAUCAGCAUCAUCGUCGUCGUCGUCGUCCUGUUAUUCUUCUUCGUUUCACCGUAUCUGCGUGCGCCCAGUCGUUUGCCAAAUCCGAGCGUAUAUAAAUAAGGAUUUUGUACAGAGAAGAGCGUGGAGGAAAUAAGUAAGAAUCUACGAUGGAUCUUCUCUGCUGCGAGACUACCGAAACUGAGUGCAGAGCUUACGCCGAUCCGGCGCUGCUAAACGACGACAGAGUGCUACAAAACCUUUUGAAGAGCGAGGAAAGGUACGCGCCUAGCAGUUCAUAUUUCGAGUGCGUGCAGAGGGACAUUUCGCCGAUGAUGCGAAAGAUCGUUGCCGAAUGGAUGCUAGAGGUAUGCGAGGAGCAAAAGUGUCAGGAGGAGGUAUUCCCACUGUCGAUGAACUACGUCGACAGAUUUCUGUCGAUCUGCCCGAUCAGGAAAUCCCAGCUACAGCUCCUGGGCACCGCGUGUCUUCUGCUAUCCUCGAAGCUGAGAGAACCCCGGCCUCUGUCGGCCGAAGUCCUCGUAUUCUACACCGACAAUUCCGUCAGCUUCGACGACCUCUGGCGGUGGGAACAGCUGGUUGUGUCGAAGCUUAAGUGGGAGUUGUCAGCGGUGACGCCGGGCGACUUCCUUCUACACAUCCUCAGCCGUUUACCGGUUGAUCCACCAGCCUGGGACUCCCGGAUGAUUCGGAGACACGCGCAGACCUUCAUUGCCCUCAGCGCGAGAGAAUACAAGUUCUCGAUGUACACACCGAGCAUGAUUGCGGCGGCCAGCGUCGCGGCGGCUUUACACGGUCUUGACUGGACGCGUAAAAGCGGUUACGGUCUGCCCCGUCUUCUCGACGAGUUAACCCGCAUCACCGCUAUCGAACAGGAUUAUCUGCAGGGAUGUCUUGUGCAGAUAGAAGAGAUGGUGUCGUCCCAGGCACAAGGAACCGGGGGACAUACGUCCGCGACUUCCGGAAGCGUAGUUGGGGGGCCUCCGCAGAGGCCGGUGGGGGACCAGAACACGGGUCAGGAAAAAAUUCUUGAAUAUGGGAAAGCGGGAACGCCGACCGACGUGAGGGACGUUCAUUUCUAGGACAUGACGGCCCGAAGACGGCGACAAUUUGAUAUGUAAAGCAUGAAUGAUAGAGAGGAAAUUAUGGACGAAAAACAGUGAAGUGAGUAACGCAAUUGGCCUCCGCCGGAGAAAAGGGGACAAGUGAGGGAAGGAAGAGGAGGAGGACAAGAUUCGUUGCUUGCACGAAUUGUAGCACUCGAUACAUUUCUCGGUUUUAAAAAACUGUAACACUGCGGAAUCCGACGGUUGCUUUAUUAUAUCAUACACAAGACGCCGUUUUGCACGUAUCAUUCUAUGUAUAUACAUACGUCAUAGUUCUCUAGCGAUAGAGACCGAGUUGGAGUUCGCCUAGUUUGAAAAGUGAGGAAAUUGUUCAAUUUUCUUUUUUUCCCUCCCCUCCCCCCACCCCCAAAGAAUGCGAAAGUACGCAAGAAAUGUAAAAUAAAGUUAGAAUUAUGAGAAGAUUCAAAUAAAAAAGAAAAAUUUAAAUUAACACAAUUGAAGGGAAUAGAAAAAGAAUGCAAUCAAAUUGAAUAAAUAGAUGAACGAGUAAUUCAGGCACAAAAAUCAGCAGGUAUAUUGUAUGAUACGUAUUCCCGGAUUUGCAACAAAAACGCGCAUGAUGGCGAAUGUAGGUAAAAAUUUAAUCAAUGCAUUUUAUUAUACGCCAGAGAGUCACGGUGAACGUAGGAGAAGCAAACAUAGUGGAUAAAGCAACCGGCGAAUAAUAAUUGAUGAUUGUGAAAAAAGAACCCUUUUCUGGACGAUAUUGGAGUUAGUGUGGUGUAAGAUGUAUGGUAUCAGUGUACGACUUUAAUAAUUAUGGAUUCGUGUAUUGAAAAAAGUACGAAUGGAACAGUAUCGUAGCUUUACAUACAUGUGCAUACCUAUACACCUAUUAUAUGCACCACUGUUAUCGCAACUUUUUUCGUUUUUUUUUUUUUUUUUUUUUGUAUAGCGCGAGAAGUCGCGAAGGGUCGUAGGUUCGGGGGGAGGGGGAGGGGUAGGCGUGCUGGGGGAAGGCAAUUCAAUACGCUUUUUACGCAUUAUUACUAAGGAAACUUAAUUUUUAACUGAUAAAUCAAUACUACUGUUACGUUAUAGUGAGUUUCGAACGAGAAAGAAUGAUUGAAGAAGAUAAAAAACAUUACAAAAACAAUAAAAAAUUGAAGGUGAAAAUAAAAAAUUAUACGCAUGCACAUUUGCAUACAUACACACAUAUACGCACACACACAAACUAAUACACAUUAUACACACUAAAUUAACUAGAAACUAAACGAUUCAAAAAAUAAAUAUAGUCAUAUCGAGUCAUAUAUAGCGUCUGUACAUACGAGUUAUGAAAAAAAUAAAAAAAAAAAAAGAAAAUGAAUAAAAACAACGAAUAGGUAGUUUUAUAUUAAUGUAUUAUUAUCAAUAUUUACUCACGAGUAAUACUUUAUUCUAUUUUAUUUUCUUUUUUUUUCGUUCCCUUUCUUUUCUUAAAUUAUGACCUGAAGCGUUAUAGGUCGAAACUCUUUUUUUAAACUCUGUUUCGGAAAGAACAUUAAUAUUAUUAUUAUUAUUAUUUUGUAUAUGAUUUAAAAAAAAAUGAAAUUUUACAUUUUACUAUCACACGUUUAUAUAAUAUAUUUGGAAAAAACGAAAUUAAGAAUGAAACAAAAGCAAAUAAAAAUUUACAAAACAAAAAAAAAAUAAAUAAAUAAAUAAAACCAAUUAAUCUUACGUUAAAUUUUGAUAUCACGUCUUGUAUAUAGGCAGUCGAGUAAAGUGUAAAAGAUCGGGUAGCAUUAAGGCCAGCCUAUUAGUAUGUAAAACCUAAUAAUUACAAGUUUUUGAAAUUACGUUAGCUGUGUUGGUAGAUUAGCGAGUAGGUGAGCGAGUAGGAGGGUAAGGAAAUGUGCAAAUGAGUCAAAAGGUAGGUAAUUGAAUGAGUAAGUGAAGUUCAGUCUGAAAUAAGCUUGAGAUAAGCGGACAAUAAGCGUUAAGUGUGCAAGUGUUGUUAAGCUAGAGUUACAACUAUAUAUAUGGUAUAUAUUUACCUAGAAGUAGAAAAGAAAAUGGAAGAAAAACAAAAAGAGAAAUGGUUAAGUAAAACUGGAGAAAGCGUUGGAAAGAAAAGACUGCUGUUUAUGCGUUGCGUGGGUCACUGACGUGGAAUGAAUGAAUUUUCAGAGUGUUGGGUAUCAAAAAAUCAAUUGAGUGAAUGAGAUAACUAGUAAGGAGGUAGGAAAGAAUGAAAUGGAAAUACGGAGAGGUGGCAGUACUUAAUGAAUCAAUUGCAAGCCUAUGCUAGAAGUAGCACACAUAUACAGCACUAAGUAAAAGCCACUCUCGCUCCACAUAUUAUGUAUAACUAGUUUAGCAGGGGCACUACCUUGUUUACUGUCGCAACCAAAUGUAGUACAACCUAUAAAUAUUUUGUUAGAAUACGUGCGAUUACAACAAAUAGAAUAAAAAUAUUUAGAUUCGAAAAGAACGAAUAACUCGAAGGACAGGAUAAACGAUUGUGGAAUUCGAUUAUAUCAUCUUUCCAUCGAGUGAGCAUUGGAUAGUAGUGUAGUAUAUAUUUUUCUUGUCUGUGUCCAACUAUCCUAGUUACUAUGUAUUAUAUCUCUCCGACUAUUUCUGAUACCACUGUCAAUUUUUUUCUGCCGAUACCUUUUAUUGCACUAUUACAUACUACACAAUUUUAUUACCUCCGCCGAUUCUCCUACUGCUAUCACUACAUCAUAUAACAAUGCUACUACUAAUUGUAAGCUAUUACUAUUACGCUUUAAGUACAGUAAUACAUUAUAGACGAACUACUACUACUCAUAAUAAGCAAAUAUCCCCUGUAAAAUAUAAUUAAAGAAAGAGGGUUAGAUAGAGGAAAUACGAAAAAAAAAAGAAAA